UUCCAGAACACAGACACCGAAUUUGGCACGAGCUUUGAGUAAGGGCGAGCACUCUCUCCAAGAAAAAUCGUACGGAUCGUACCUGUAAUUAUAAAAUGGAUUACUUAAAAGUACCAGAUAAUAAACAAAAUGAAACAUCUAAUCUCGAAAAGCCCUUAAUAACCCAGGGAAAGUUCUCAGGAAUUAGCAUGAUUCCAGAAGAGGAACCCGAAAACUAUUCUGAAGACGAAAUAAGUAUAGAUGUGCCAGAUGGGAGUUCAGUUUCAAGUGUAAUUUUAUAUGGAUCUGUGGAAUCACAUCCAACAGGAAGGGUUUGUAGUAUAUAUUCAUCUACAGAAACAUUAAACGAAAAGGACAUUGAAACAACAACUGACGAUGGAAAUUCAGCCUGUAGUGAACAGAGCCAUUAUGAAUCUAGUGAGACAGAAAAUGAAACAAUCAAUGAUAAACAUAUGAAUGUUGAAAAUAAUGAAUAUGUAUCUGCAGUUCGUAAACAUGUAAUGGCAGAAGGAGACGUUAACGGCGAAGCUGACAUUCAGAAGCAGCAAAUCAAUAAACAAAGCUUUAAAACAGUUGAUGCAAAUAAAGAAACGUUCAUUGAAGAGACAAUAAAUGAAAAAGAUGUUAUUUAUCAGAACAGUCAGGAAAAGCAAUCGAAUAAAAGUGACGCGAUUCAAAUAGAAAAUGAGAACAUAAAAGCUGAAAGUAAUAAAGAUGAAUACAGUGACGAUCAUGCAUUGUUUGAUAUAAACAGUCGAUCAAAUGACUCAGAUACGCAUGAUGGAUGUGAAAAUGCUGAGAGAAUACAUUCGGUGUCUUCAAAUGGGAGCAAACGUACUGAGUCUAGUGAAGGUAUAAGCAGAGAUUCUUUUUCGGAUGACCAUUGGGAAGAAAUUUCAAUUGACGACGAUGUGUUAAAUGAGAUGAUUGAAAAUAUAAAAGAAGCAGAUGCCGGAAAAGGUAUACAAGUAUCUAAAGAAAAUACAUGGGAACUAACGAGAAAACCAAUUACUGGUAGUUCACGUGAAGAAUUAUCACAAUCCAGAGAAAUUUCAGAAUAUGGUGCAGAAAUUGAGGUUAAUGGUAAAAAUGCAGACUCUGUAAGUUUUAAGAGCUUGAAAAAUACUGAUAACAGUGAAAAUUUUACCAACAUGUCCACACUGUCAAAAAGUAUGCCGUGUAUUUUGAUAACUCAAGACAGCGAUGAUGUCAAAACAGAAAGAAAUAUUGACAGUAAUGUCUGCGACAUGAAAGAAUGUAAAGGAGUCAAAGAAGGAACUGACAGGGACGUUUCUGUGUCAAAUGUUGUUCUGGAUUCAAAGUCCGUAUCAGUAACUCCAACAAUCGAAUUUCGUAUAGAUAAUGACGAGAAUAUCCAAGACAAUAUUGAAAUUCAGUCGGAUGCAAUGAAUGAAUCGGUACAUUUCCGCGAAAAUGUCAUGCAGCCUAUAUUUCUUACCAAGUUUAACAACCAUGCUGAGAAGGAAAUAAAUAGUGGAGAAAAUACGGAUGAAUUUACAACGACAGCCGAUAUUUCAGAAACGAGUGAGGGGAGAGGUUUGUCUCCAAAUAGUGAUCUGGAAUAUGACUAUAAUAAAAGACGAGGUUCUCAGGUGAAGAUAAAGCUAGAAGGGCGGAGACGCCAGCGUUUGUCUAUUAGUGAGAGUGAGCCACCAAAAUCACCAACAGAUUUAAAAUAUUCUGACGAUGAAAGAAACGAUGACAAUGUAGUAGUACCAAGAUGUGGGCCUCUUCUAAAUAAACGGGAAAAGAUGGAGAAACUUUCAUUCAGUGACAGAUCAGAAAAUCAAGAUAGUGUAUCUCCCAUCCGUGAAAUGACUAUCAAUACUAUUGUAGAUAUUUCUGAUACAAACACAGUUAAAAUGCAACCCAGCAGUCAAACUGAUAUCUCAAAGUCGUCCAAAAAUUCAAAUUCUCGAAAAAUUGAGAAUAUUAAUUCUUUAAAUGACGAACUAUUAGCCAUUUUUAACUCAUCUGCACCCUUGGAGAGCAGGCAACAGUUAUAUCGGCAGCCAUCAAACAGUAUGCAGUCGCAACCAAAACAAAAUGAGGAAGACUAUUUCAAAGGCUACAACCUUUUAAAAUCUUGUAAUCAAGCGCAUACGACACAAUCGUUCGUGACAGAUAUCAAUCAAAUGAUAGUAAAAACACGAAAACAAUCCGAAUGUGAUACAGGAAGAUCGCAACAAGAUUUUAACUAUGACACUGCAUCCAAUAAAUCCAAUAGAGACAAUAUAGAUGAUAACAAAAACAAUUGCAAACCCAAAUCACAUUUAUUGCCAAACCGUAAUGAAACCGGAAAUUGUCAAAUAAAAGCUUCUGAGAAAAGCGCAAUUGAACAUGAUACGCUUUCACAUAAAUGUGAACAGAAGCAAUUAUCUUUACGACAAAAUGGCAACAAAAACAAUGAAAUCAACGAGCCAGCCUCAUCGAUCGAACAGUUGCCGUCUCAGAACAAGCAAUAUAAAAUUAAAAGUUUAAGGAAGAGGCAAGCGUAUGACGAUCUAUUUGAAAGGGAAUCUCACAGUGUGUCGCCUGUUUGGAAACCUCCUCCUGCUCAAAUACAUUUAGAAACGACAGUGACGCGAGAUGUUCGUGCAAGAAAUCACUCGCUUGUUCCACCAAAAAGCGAUUUACGUUUAAAGACAUCCAAAGUUUGUUCAAAACAAGGGACAAGUGAGAAAGUGAGUUUGCAAACGUGUUUCAGUUCGGCGAAAGUUUAUUCCCAACAUAAUGUAAAAAACUCAAAAUUAGAAAAAAGCAAAGCCGAAAGUGGGAAUUUUGAAAUGUCUGCGCGAAUCCACAGAUCACGCGAUGAACAGAUGGAAAUAGCAGGGUUUGCUGACAGAGAAAUGUCCGCACGGCUACGAAGAACCCAAAGUUCACUGACUGAUACUGCAAGAUUAAAAAGUAUCCGGAAAUUGCUGAAACUGACUGAUGAAAAUGAGGACAAAACUGAACAAAAUACUGAUGAAGAGACCAAAUUAAUUAUUCAAGGAAUCAUUGAAGGCAUUGUAUCUAAUGUCUGUAGCCACAGAAUGAGAACAUUUCAAAAAGCUAUGGAAACGCACAGAUGCACCACAACUGAUGACAAUGGCGAUGAGCUUUUAUGCUGUUUAUUUCAAACCUCAUGCAGUAAUGUGGAUCCAUCCAAUUUUGAAUGUGACGUCAUUGAUCCAGUUGACGUUUGUCCAAUCACGAGAAAGCAUGAACAUCUGAUAAGUAAUAUUGUACGGAUAUCUUCCACUGUUUUCAAAAAAUUCAGUCCAAAGGAUGAACUAAUGGUAAACAUUCCUAUAGCACACUGGUAUGUAGAAAAGUGGCAGGAGUUAGUCAUACGGCAACAAGAUCAUAAUGGACAGUGGAAGGACGCCGAUAGAUAUACUGCAGAUAUUGUCAAAAUUGAUGACAUUAACAAGGUGUACUAUGGAGUACGUCACAUCCUGUCAGAGCCAUGCACACUUGCUGUUGUGACAAGACCACGCAUGACUUCCGUCGCCAUGGCAGCACAUAACCUUGAAGUAAACAGUGUAAUUGAUGACCGUGUCAAAAUGCACGUUUUUUCCUCUUUGGAACAAAAGUCAGUAAACAUGCAGGUAGUUCCUGUAAAUGAUUCUGUACUUGCCGAGUUCUGUGGAAAAGAAGAAAACAAGAAAGCCUGUGUUAUUGUUUCCUCCAGUCCUUUAGUACAGAUCUGUAUCGACGGAGAUCAGCCGGAAUCGUUAGCGUUUGAUGUACCUUACGUGUCAGUUUCCCCUCGACGACCGGAUAUUAAAACUUCAGCCAGCCGGAGUAGUUCUCAGUCAUUGUUGUCACCAUACCUGUCACCAGUGCAAUCUCCAAGACGACUUUCAGUGGCUUCGCCUUUUGUAACAGACUCGAACAAACGGGCCUUCCACCUUGCCCAGAUUGGCGAAGACGAAGAAGUCAAAGUUAAACUCCUUGGAAAUAACGACAGUAAAACCAUUGACAUUGUCACCGGUCAAAUCGAGGAAAACCACGAAACUGAUGAACAAGCUGUUCGAUUUUCUGUUUAUGAGAAGUCGGCAAGGCUAAUUUCAUUAGAGACAAAGGGAUCGCUUAAGUACAGUGAUGUUGAAAAUGUCACGAAGUCAUUCGUUAACUUCAUAGUGAAGCAUAAGGUCAUGCUCAGCAUUUCUCAAGAUCCGCGCAAUGUCUACUCAAUCCUUUUUACUGCCAUGGUGGACCACCCACAUAGAGAAAAGAAUCAUACCGCAAACCAAGCAUAUAAGUAUUUCACAACAAGUUACCGGAAAGAGCUUCAGAUUUACGAAGGUGAUGUGGUGGCUAUAUCAUUCCGUGGAAACGUCGAUAUCCCCGACAGAGAACAGUUGAUAUACAGUUUCCAUGGCUGCCGUGGCAUCAGGAAACAUUUUGAUAUACAAGUUUCUAACCCGAUGAGCCAACGGUCACUCCAAUCUUACCACGGAGCGUUACAGUUUUUCACACUGAAAACACCGAGGUAUUCCGGAUUAGAUAGAUCGCUGGCUCCCUGUGCCAAGAACGGAUGGGAACUUACAGCAGAAUUUCCUCUACUGUUACCAAAGUACUUGAAGUCAACGCCAGUCAUUAUCAACAAGGCCCCAGUCUCUCUGAGGUUCCAUGAACCACUUACCGUUGAUUUCAUUCGUACUAUAUGUUCUGAGUUGGUGAAUGAAUGGACACAGUUUGCAAAAGCUCUUGGUAUAAGCCAUGCUCGAGUGCAAGCCAUUAAACAGCAGCACCGUAACCAAGUGUCAGACAAGGUUCUUAUGGACGUCAUAAUCAACUGGAUGAAGACGCAAAGAAUUUCACAAGACAAGGUAACACCUUUGAUUAACGCCUUAAGGAUUUGUAACAGACACAAGCUAGCGUCAGAACUUGCUCACAGACUCUCUGCACAGAAAGUCAACAGGUCAAAAACAACAAGAGACAAGAGCUUGCAGAAGGCAUUUUCAGUGAUAUCUAAAAGUAGUUCGGUUAUCGCUAAAUGGCGUCAACUGUUACAUCAUCUUUGUCAAGAUGACGGUAACCAGGUGAUUGACGUUACCAAGGAAAUCGAUGAAAAGUACAAUGAUGAGGUUACUAAAUGCCAGAGCGCCCUGUUGCACUGGAAAACUACGGCACCGGCUCCUUCUGUCUGGACACUAGUUGAUGCAUUACGGGCUAAUAGAUGUAAUAUCGUUGCAGAUACUAUUGUGACCAUGGAAGCGAAAAGGAAAUAAUUCGUUGCAAGUUACACCGUCUGCAGGAUAUACGUAAUCCAGCUGAAUCAUCGUCUAAAGGAAUUAAAGCAUUUUCAGGAUACUACACAAAUAAUAUUGCAGAGACUUUCUGAGCUUAGAGAUUGAAAAUAUUUUGCUUUUAUAUAUGCUGGUUACAUUUAAUUUAUAAAUUUGUUUUCUCACAAACACGCCACAAAAUGCAGUAAAGUAUAGAUUAAUGCGCCUUUACCAGAAAACAGUGAUUUGGUCCGCAGAAAAUCCCAUGGAAGCUCAGCCGAUCAAAAUAUUUUUCAUGAAAUUCCGCGGGACUUUUGCAAUAUCACCACUAUUUUUCCUGGUUGUAUUCCUCUAAUAUUAUUAAGGUACCAAAGAUACGAGAGCUUUGAGAGAUGCUCAAAGCAAACAUAAUUUCUCAUCGCCCAGACAGGAUCAAAAUCCCACAGGAUCAAAACUUUUAUAGUUAAAUACAGACGGGGUCUUGUCGCCCAGUUUAAAUUUUACAAUGAAAUACUGUGGAGUUUAAUAUUUCUUUUCACAGUAGUUUGUCAGUCUGGGAUUCAAAUUUCACAGGACCUUUAAUAGUAUGAAAAUCCCAUAUUAAAGCUUUACUUUCAUAUACUAAGUAUUUUUAACUGUGAAGGGGUUGAUUUUUAAAAAACAACAUGGAACUGAAUGGGAAAACAGCGUGGACGAUUCCUGUUUGUCUGUAACAAAAAUAACUCUAUCACGUCACGGUGUUGGAAUCAGACGAGGGAGUAAAAGGUGUCUAAUAGUCCUACUUUGAAUUAAUUCUGUAGCGAGGAAAAAUUGCUGGCAGGAAAAUUUGGUUUGGUUCAACUCUAUGAAGUUCUGUUAUAUUUAACGUCCAGACAAAUGAAAAGAAGUCGAGGUGCCAUCAAAUGGACUGUAAAACGAAAAAUAUGUAAAAUAUGCAACAGUUAAUAUAUUGAAUACAUCUCUGUGUAGGAUAUUUCAUCCGAAACAUCCAUGUAUACGUAAUUCGACGUCUAUUACCCAUACUAAUUGGUUAACAACUUCCGACAUUAAGUGGUUGCUACUUAUUUUUCUAUUGAAAUGAUGUUUUUUUUAAAAACUGAAUUAUGUGCAAUAUUUUAAAUCUGUACAUUAGCUGUUAUGUUUCAUCUGUCAAUUAUAACUUUAAUUAAAUAUA